AAACUGCUUCCGUUCAACUUUGGAGGGAGGGAGGAGGGGGAGUGAGGCCGCCCAGAAAGUCGGUUUAUGGACUUCACAGGCCAUACCAGAACCCCAGCCCAGUUUCUUCCAGCACGCAGCCCAGUCCGGGCGUCCGGGAGGCGAGGCUCAGGCCGGGCGCACCCAGCGUGGCCCCGCCCCGGAACUACAAUUCCCAGAAUUCCGUGCGAACGCAGAAGGGAAGCGGCAGCGGUGUCAGGAAAAGCGCGAGCGAGCGGAGGUAGCCGCGGGUGCUCUUCUGUCGGUGGUUUGCUUCGCACCUGUCGGGAGCCCGGAGCAGCCGUCUCAGCCCCCGUGGUGUGGCUGGCACGAGUCCGCUCCUCCGUCCUGUGGACGGGUCUGGGGCGGGAUGUAGGGUGCUGGGCGCGGAGGCCGCGGGCACGGCGGGGCUGUCUCGGAGGCCGCGCCGAGGAUGGAGAGAGCGAUGGAGCAGCUUAACCGCCUGACGCGCUCGCUGCGCCGCGCGCGCACCGUGGAGUUGCCCGAGGAUAAUGAAACUGCUGUUUACACAUUAAUGCCAAUGGUUAUGGCUGAUCAACACAGGUCUGUGUCUGAACUACUAUCAAAUUCAAAAUUUGAUGUCAAUUAUGCAUUUGGACGUGUGAAAAGAAGCUUGCUUCACAUUGCAGCAAAUUGUGGAUCGGUAGAAUGCUUGGUUCUGCUGUUAAAGAAAGGAGCAAAUCCUAACUAUCAAGAUAUUUCCGGCUGUACGCCUCUUCAUUUGGCAGCUAGAAAUGGACAGAAGAAAUGCAUGAGUAAAUUAUUAGAAUACAGUGCUGAUGUCAACAUUUGUAAUAAUGAAGGCCUUACAGCAAUACACUGGCUGGCUGUGAAUGGGCGGACAGAACUACUCCAUGACCUUGUGCAACACGUCAGUGAUGUUGAUGUUGAGGAUGCAAUGGGGCAGACAGCGCUGCAUGUGGCCUGCCAGAAUGGUCACAAAACAACAGUGCAGUGUUUGCUAGACAGUGGUGCUGAUAUUAACAGGCCAAAUGUAUCAGGAGCUACUCCAUUGUACUUUGCAUGCAGUCAUGGUCAGAGAGAUACAGCACAAAUUCUUCUAUUACGAGGAGCCAAAUACUUGCCAGAUAAAAAUGGAGUAACCCCUCUGGAUUUAUGUGUACAGGGUGGAUAUGGAGAAACUUGCGAAGUAUUAAUUCAGUAUCACUCCAGGCUUUUCCAGACUAUUAUUCAAAUGACACAGAAUGAAGACCUUCGAGAAAACAUGUUACGGCAAGUUUUGGAGCAUUUGUCUCAGCAAAGUGAAAAUCAGUACCUAAAGAUUCUAACAAGUCUUGCAGAAGUUGCUACAACAAAUGGUCAUAAGCUGCUUAGUUUAUCUAGCAGUUAUGAUGCUCAAAUGAAGAGUCUUUUAAGGAUUGUGAGGAUAUUUUGUCACGUCUUUCGAAUUGGUCCCUCCUCCCCCAGUAAUGGAAUUGAUAUGGGCUACAAUGGAAAUAAAACUCCAAGAAGCCAAGUAUUCAAGCCUCUGGAAUUGCUUUGGCACUCAUUGGAUGAAUGGCUAGUUUUAAUAGCUACAGAACUGAUAAAAAAUAAAGAGGACUCAACAGAUAUCACUUCUAUUUUACUGAAACAAAAAGGCCAAGAUCAGGGUGCCACUUCCAUUCCACCAUUUGAACCUCCAGGACCUGGGAGCUAUGAACAUCUAUCCACUGGCCCAGAGGAAUCUAAACCAGAUGCUCUUGCAGGGAAACAGGAAGCCAGUGCAGAUUGUCAGGAUGUUAUUUCUAUGACAGCCAACAGGCUAAGUGCUGUCAUUCAAGCUUUUUACAUGUGCUGUUCUUGUCAGAUGCCUCCAGGAAUGACUUCACCGCGUUUCAUUGAAUUUGUCUGCAAACAUGAUGAAGUUUUAAAAUGCUUUGUUAACAGAAACCCGAAAAUUAUAUUUGAUCACUUUCACUUUCUCCUUGAAUGUCCUGAGUUGAUGUCAAGAUUCAUGCAUAUCAUAAAAGCACAGCCAUUUAAAGAUCGUUGUGAAUGGUUCUAUGAACAUUUGCAUUCGGGGCAACCAGAUUCAGAUAUGGUUCACAGGCCAGUGAAUGAAAAUGAUAUUCUGCUGGUUCACAGAGAUUCUAUUUUUAGGAGUAGCUGUGAAGUUGUAUCAAAAGCAAAUUGUGCAAAGCUAAAGCAGGGGAUUGCUGUACGGUUCCAUGGAGAAGAAGGCAUGGGUCAAGGUGUUGUGCGUGAGUGGUUUGAUAUUCUGUCUAAUGAGAUAGUCAAUCCCGAUUAUGCAUUGUUUACACAGUCAGCGGAUGGAACAACUUUUCAGCCUAAUAGCAACUCCUAUGUGAAUCCUGACCACUUGAAUUAUUUCCGAUUUGCUGGACAGAUCUUGGGGUUAGCAUUGAACCAUAGACAGCUGGUUAAUAUUUAUUUCACACGAUCGUUCUACAAGCACAUUCUUGGUAUUCCUGUAAAUUACCAAGAUGUGGCAUCCAUUGAUCCAGAAUAUGCCAAAAAUUUGCAAUGGAUUUUAGAUAAUGAUAUUAGUGAUCUGGGGCUAGAAUUAACUUUUUCUGUUGAAACUGAUGUGUUUGGAGCAAUGGAAGAGGUGCCUUUGAAACCUGGGGGUGGAAGUAUUCUUGUGACACAAAAUAACAAAGCGGAGUAUGUCCAGCUUGUUACUGAACUUCGAAUGACAAGAGCCAUUCAGCCUCAGAUCAAUGCAUUUUUACAGGGCUUUCAUAUGUUCAUUCCACCCUCCCUUAUACAACUUUUUGACGAGUAUGAAUUGGAGCUACUGCUUUCUGGCAUGCCAGAAAUUUAUGUGAACGAUUGGAUAAAAAAUACAGAAUACACAAGUGGCUAUGAAAGAGAAGAUCCAGUUAUUCAGUGGUUCUGGAGUUGUGAAGACAUUACUCAGGAGGAGAGAGUUCUUCUCUUGCAGUUUGUUACUGGCAGUUCUAGGGUCCCACAUGGUGGGUUUGCUAAUAUCAUGGGUGGAAGUGGAUUGCAAAACUUCACAAUCGCUGCUGUGCCAUAUACUCCAAAUCUUUUACCAACUUCAAGCACAUGCAUCAACAUGCUCAAGUUACCUGAAUACCCAAGUAAAGAAAUACUCAAGGACAGACUUCUUGUGGCACUACAUUGUGGCAGCUAUGGUUACACAAUGGCAUAG